AUGCAACUCGAAUACUCUGCUGGCGGAGGCAUCCAGAAAUUCUUCGGAAAAUAUACAGAGGACCGGAUAUUUGGACAAGUUGCUCAAGAACUUACAGCAACUUAUUUAUUAUUUAUUAACAUAUCAAUGAGAUAUGAAAGUAUGAUGUCAAAAAGCAAACAGAAAAUUGUAAGAAGCAUUUUACGAAAAGAAGCAUUUUACCCUGAGUUGAUGAUGGAUCCUCGCAAGAUGCUGAUGUACGGCCUCGCGUCCGGAGAACGCCUCUAA